AUGGGUAAAAGAGCUCAAAUCAUUGUCGAUAAGGCAUUACGACUCAAGGAGGAUAACCAGUCCGAACCGAAAAGACUGAAACUCAACCAAUGUAAUGAAGAACCAUGUGGAUCUGGUCAUCCACAGAAUACCACUUCUAAAGAAGUAGAUUCAUCAGGUGCAAACAUUCAGAACUUUGAGAAUAAAAAAACGAACAACCAGAUCAUUCAAGUUCCGAAUCUUGAAGACCCAACUAUCACCGAAUCAAGUCAGAAUAUAAUAAUCAAGGAAAUUCUUGUGUUCAAAAGUCCAAUCGAAAAAAUUCAGAUUCCUAGGCUAUGUUCAUCAGGGAUACACACUGAUGAAAACAAGGAGAAUGAAUUGAGAAAUAAACAUUCACCUCUGAAUUUGAAAGUGAUAGUUGAAGGAGUUCCUAUUAUUGACGAAUUCAAUGAAGGCAUCGUAAUUUCUCAUCCAAUUAGCCCAGGAACGAACAUUAUGAAUACAGAACAUAAAGAACCAGAAAACUUGGAGUUUCAAUGCCAGAACAAUGAAGACUUACUUGAAGAAAUUGCGAUUCCUGAUGAGGACUCACUUGAAGAAAUGGUUAUUGAUAAUAAUUACAAUAAUUACGAAUUAAAUAACAUUGAACAGGAAAUACAAAACGAAGAUUCCGAUGAUAGUAUGAAAGACCGAGACUAUAUUCCUGAUUCGGAAAGUGUUAGUAGUUUAGAGGAAGGAGAAGUUGACUUGCUAUUUGAUGAAGAGGAGAUUGAGAGGAAGCAGAAAUUAAAGCAAGAAAAGGAAAAUUGGAAAGGACGUUCCAAGAAAGGACGGAAUAAUAAAUAUCCUGGACAAACUUUCGCCACAAGAAAGAAAUUGAAAGAUGCCAAUAAGACUCACUACACUGUCAAAGGAAAAUUGAAAGAAGCCAAACAAUUCAUCGACUACAAAUGCAGCUGUCUGAAAAAAUGCAGUGAAAAAUUAUCAGGAGAUGAAAAAGGAAUAUAUUUCAAAAAUUUUUAUGAUUUAGCAUCAUACGAUUUGCAAACUAGUUAUAUCGCAGCAACAGUCAAAGAAAUGCCUAUUAAGAGAAAACGAGCUAAAAAUGGUCCAGGUAAAUCUUAUACUAGAGUCUAUAUGCUUGGAAAGGUUGAAGUUUGCCGGGAUACUUAUAUAAACACUUAUCAGAUAUCUACUAAGAGAGUAAAUACUGCAUUAGAAAAAAAACGUAGCUCCCACAUAAAAGAUGAGCGAGGAAAAUCUGGAGGUAAGAAGAAAGUUGAUGAAGAAAUAAUAAAUCUAAUCAUCAAUCAUAUAAAGAAAUUUCCAACCUAUGUUUCUCAUUACUCUCGAUCAGAAACUGAGGCGAAAUUCUUGCCUUACGACCUUACUGAGAGUAAAAUGUAG